AUGUCAUCGUCGCCGUCAACUUCCGGUUCGCAGCAACAACCGCCCAUCAUCCUAUACCACUACCCGUUCUCUCCCUAUGCCAAACGGAUAGUCUGGUAUCUUCACCUACGUGGCAUUCCGUACACCCAAUGCCUUCAACCAAUGAUCCUCCCCCGCCCCGACCUCUCCUCCCUCCUGGGCAUCAAGUACCGCCGCAUCCCCCUCCUCUCCAUCGGCCGGGACGUCUACCUCGACACGCGCCUGAUCCUGUCCAAGCUCGAGGAUCUUGAUCUUCCCUCCUUGAACCCCAAGCUCUCCGCCGCCCCCGGCACCGACGCCCUCGCCCUCCAGAGCUUACUCUCGCACUACUCCAUCGACGGCGGUCUUUUCAGCCGGGCCGCGCAGCUUUUGUUUUCUCUCGAUAACCCCUUGCUGCGCGACCCUCAAUUUUUGGCUGAUCGCGCCGAGUUCGUCGCGGGAGGGGGCAACGCGCCCCCCAAUAAGUUUUCGAGGGAGGAGAUGGCAGCCUUGGGUCCCGAGGCGCUCGCGGACCUCAGGGAUUACUGCCAAAUGCUGGAGACGACGGUGCUAGCGGACGGGCGGGAUUGGAUUUUGAAGAACACUGACACUGACAACAACAAGCCAGGGCUGGCGGAUAUCGAAGCCGUGUUUGUACUGCACUGGGUUAUGAGUUUACCCGGGGCGUUGCCCAAGGAGCAGUUUAACGACGACAAGUUCCCGAGAGUGUGGAAGUGGGUUGAGAGGUUUCGGGUGGCUGUUGGGGAGACUACCCCCACACAACAGACAGCUGCUCAGAAGGGAGAUGGUAACAGUAAGGUCGCAACGGUCAAGGGGGAUAAGGCACGGGAUUUGAUCUUGGGCGCGGGGUGGAAUGAGGAUUCAGAAAAGAAGGAGGUGGAGGCCGGGGAGGCGAUUGUACAGUUUCAUGGCCUGAAGAAGGGGACGUUGGUGGAGCUGUGGCCGACGGACAGCGGGUCGGCGCCGGCUCAUAGGGAUGUUGGACGGUUGGUGAGUUUGGAUUCCAGGGAGGUGGUGAUUGAGAAUGAGAAGGGCGUGAGGGUGCAUGCGCCCAGGCAUGGGUUCCGGGUGAAGCCUUCUUCACAGGCGGUUGCGAGCAGCUUGUGA